ACGGAAUUUGAAAACAAAUACACAAACCUUUUUCUCUUUGUUUUUUCACUCAAUAUAAUGCACUCUUCUUAACUAGUUUGUUUUGAAUUUUAUCUUUCCCAAUUGAGGCGUUCUCUGCUGAGAGGAGGAGGGUUUCAAGAUUCUGCUUUUUUCGGGCUGAUGAACGUGCGGCAAAGUUUGUCUUUUGGGAAUUAAAUCUGGUUUUGGAGUUUUAUUUUGAAAAAUAGUUGUCAGUUGACAGAGAGGCAAAUAAAUUUCUAGAAGAUAGGUUUUCAGAUUUGGUGUUUGACAAUGGGAAAAAGUGACGAAGGAAAGUCUAAUUCUGAAAAAUCAUCUUCAUCGGUGCAAACGGAUCAGGCCAAUAUUCAGGCAUAUCCUGAUUGGGCAGCUAUGCAGGCAUAUUAUGGUCCUCGAGUCGCAAUGGCACCCUAUUACAACUCGGCUGUGGCAGCUGGCCAUGUUCCUCCCCCUUAUAUGUGGGGUCCUCCACAGCCGAUGAUGUCACCUUAUGGGACACCUUAUGCAACAAUGUACCCGCAUGGGGGAGUUUAUGCCCAUACUGCAGUUCCUUUAACUGCCACCCCUGUGGAAACUCCUACAAAGUCAUCAGGUAAUACAGAACGGGGUUUAACAAAAAAGAUGAAAGGAUUUGAUGGCCUUCCUAUGUCAAUAGGCAAUGGUACUGCUGAGAAAGAUGAGGGCACCGCUGAGCCUAGAAUGUCCCAGAGUGUGGAGACUGAAGGUUCUACUGAUGGUAGUGAUGGGAACACGACUGGGACGGAUCAAAGUAGACGGAAAAGAAGCAGAGAGGGAACACCAACCGUUGCAGGUGGAGAUGGGAAAAAUGAGGCAAAGCCUACUAAUGCAGUUGCUGCAAGGGAGUUAACUACAGCUCUCUCUCCCAAACCAAUCGGAGCUGUACUUUCUCCCGGCAUGAGCACAGCAUUGGAGCUUAGGAACCCUCCCUCUAUUAAUGCUAAAUCCAGUCCUACGUACGUACCUUGUGGGGUAAUGCCUACUGAAGUUUGGAUGCAGAAUGAGCGGGAGCUGAAACGCGAGAGGAGGAAACAAUCUAAUAGAGAAUCUGCUAAAAGGUCAAGGUUGAGGAAGCAGGCCGAGACAGAAGAGCUUGCCCGUAAAGUUGAGUCCUUGACUGCAGAGAAUGCAACACUCAGAUCUGAAAUAAAUCAACUAACUGAAAAAUCAGAUAAACUAAGGGUAGAAAAUGCUUCAUUAGUGGAGGGACUGAAAGCUGCUCAACUGGGGCAGGCACAGGAAAUCACUACGAACAAAAACGAAGGUAAAGAGAGUGAAAUGUACGAGAAAAAGUCCGGUGCCAAGUUGCAUCAACUCUUGGAUGCGAGUCCAAGAACCGACUCAGUGGCUGCCAACUGAGUAAGUGAAGACAAUUUACACCCGAGUUACUUUUAACAUCUUAAAUUGGAGCAAAAUCGUUUAGCUUUGACAUAAUUACAAGCUCAAAACUACUGGUGACAGCAGAGGGAUGAAAUAGUAGAGCUGUUUGUUAGGGGAUUGAAACUAUGUUUGGGUCUCUCAUAGCAAAACUGAUGUAAUUUUGAUUUGGAAAUAAGAGUGCUAAGAAAGCCCUGAAAGAAAGAAAGGUUAGUGUACAUUAAGGAGAAAUUAGAUUGUGUUUAAGGAGAAGGAUCU